AUGUCCUGUCCUGACUGCUUUCGUGGAGGUGUCUCCAAGAGCCAUCCCACUGGCUCGGAGGUUACGAUCCAUGGCGUCAAAACCUAUGUUGCUAGGCCCGAAGCCGGCGUCACGCCCAAGGGCAUCAUUGUCUUCAUCACUGAUGCAUUUGGCUGGGACUUUGUAAACAACCGAGUCUUAUGCGACCACUAUGCCAAGGGAGGUUUCCUAGUUUACUGUCCAGACUUCAUGAACGGCCGUGCCAUGUCUCCAGCAGUCCUCCCUGUCUUUGACACGCUCUUAGAGAAAUCCUCCUGGUUCACCACAAUCUUCGUCAAGCCGUUCGCUUUCCUAUUGGCCCUGUACUACGUGAUCCCCUGGAUACUGACAUGCAGCCCGGCCAAGACCGAAGCCGGCGUGAUCAAGUAUUUCAAGGCUCUUCGUACCUCGCCUCCUCCUUCUUCCGUUCAGACUCAGGACUUGAAGAUCGGUGCGGCCGGAUUUUGCUGGGGCGGCAAGCACACUAUCGAGCUCGCAAAAGAUGACCCCACGCACCGCGUAACCCGACACUCCUCCCAGACCCUCUCCUCCGUCCCGGAACCUCUUAUUGAUGCCGCCUUCGUCGCGCAUCCGACCUACAUCAAGGUUCCGGACGACAUUGACUCCAUCAAAAUCCCCAUCUCAUGGUCCGUCGGCGAAGAAGACAUGCAGAUGAAGGGACCCGAUAUCCAGAAAAUGAAGGCCAUUCUUGAGAGCAAGAAGGAUGCCGAGCAUGACAUCCAGAUUAUCCCCGGUGCUAAGCAUGGCUUUGCGAUCCGCACCCAUCCAGAAGAUAAGGAGGAGAUGGCGGCGGCGAAGCGAGCGGAGGAGCAGGCUGUGUCGUGGUUCUCGCGAUGCUUUUCUUAA